GUGUUUAUUCCGUCUCUUUUCCUUCUCCGAUAAAAGCAAUGGAGAGAGAGAACCAAACGACAUCUCUAAGUUCUCCUUUGAUUCAAAUCUCCGGCGAAGACGGAUUCUCCAAAGUUGGCACAGAGCUAAACAAGCAAAAAGAGUAGAAACAAGUGAGGUUUGUGAAGAAGUGAAGAAGCAAAUAUGGCUUGCAGGGCCAUUAAUAUCUGUGAAUCUACUAAAUUUCUGCUUACAAGUUAUAUCCGUCAUGUUCGUUGGGCAUCUAGGCGAACUUGCUCUCUCUGGUUCUUCUAUGGCCACAUCUUUUGCAACAGUGACUGGUUUUAGCUUAUUGCAAGGAAUGGCCUGCGCAUUGGAGACCUUAUGUGGCCAAUCAUAUGGAGCAAAACAACACCGCAUGUUGGGGAUACAUAUGCAAAGAGCCAUGCUAGUUCUUAUGACAGUUAGCAUUCCACUUGCCAUUGUUUGGGCCAACACAAGUUCCAUUCUAAUGGCCCUAGGACAAGAUCCUGAAAUAUCUGUAGAAGCAGGACUUUAUGCUCAGUUCAUGAUUCCAAGUCUUUUUGCUUAUGGUCUUCUCCAAUGCCUCAACAGAUUCUUACAGACACAAAAUCUUGUGUUUCCGAUGGUGUUCAGUUCUGGAAUUACCACUUUACUGCAUAUUCUUCUAUGUUAUAUUAUGGUAUUCAAAUCUGGACUAGGAAAUAGAGGCGCUGCCUUGGCAAAUUCCAUAUCUUAUUGGGUUAACGUUUUGAUACUGUCAUUGUAUGUGAAGUUUUCUCCUUCUUGUGCUAAAGCUUGGUCAGGCUUUUCAAAAGAAGCUCUGCAUAAUAUUCCCACUUUUCUGAGACUUGCCAUUCCUUCUGCCGUUAUGGUUUGCUUGGAAAUGUGGUCGUUUGAAAUGAUGGUUCUCUUAUCUGGUUUGCUCCCAAAUCCAAAGUUGGAAACAUCAGUGCUAUCUAUCUGCCUUAACACAGCAUCGGUUGUAUGGAUGAUUCCCUUUGGUCUUAGUGGAGCUGUAAGCACUCGAGUCUCAAAUGAACUGGGAGCCGGUCAUCCACUUACUGCUCGAUUAGCAGUGUGUGUCGUGGUAGUAAUGGCCAUUAUUGAGGGAAUCUUAGUUGGAACAGUGUUGAUAUUAAUACGCAAUGUUUGGGGAAAAGCUUACAGUAAUGAAGAAGCAGUAACUAAAUAUGUAGCAACCAUGUUGCCAAUUCUUGCAGUAUCCAACUUUCUGGAUGGACUCCAAUGUGUUCUUUCAGGCACCGCAAGAGGAUGCGGUUGGCAGAAAAUUGGAGCUUUUGUCAACCUUGGGUCAUAUUAUCUAGUCGGGAUUCCAUCAGCUGUUUUGCUUGCUUUUUUCUUGCACAUUGGUGGCAAGGGACUUUGGCUGGGGAUCAUAUGCGCACUCGUCGUUCAAGUGUUAUCCUUCUCAAUAAUCACUAUUCGUACUAACUGGGACCAAGAGGCAAUGAAAGCUAAAGAUAGAGUGUAUGGCUCAACAACCAUAGAGGGAAUAGUCUCCUAAAAUCGUCAGGUCAUUACAUAUGCUGACACUUUUGUGAAGGAAAAGUCUUUCACCAUCCUUUUGGCAUAAAAAAUGCCACAGAGAGCAUGCGAGGAAUUAUAGGAAAUGUUUGGCCUCAAAGAUAAUAAUCUCUGCGCUCACUUUUAGUUUCAACACGACUUAAUUGAAAAAUCUGGUUUUGUUCUAGUUUAAUGUAUUGAGAGAACAAAAGAGAGAAGAUUUUUAGAUGUCA